ACCAAGCAAGGGUACGCCACGACGCGCUCGGCCUCCGCUGUCGGCUGCCGCACAUGCUCGACCUCGAGGCUCAGAAGCACGUCGUCGACGGCAAGCUGCGCUGCUGGCUCGACAUCGACAUCAACGACUCGCGCGCGGCAUACCAGCGCGCCGUUAACUUUGUGGCUGCAAAGAACCUCGCCUACUCGCUGACGUCAAACUGGCUGCCGGAGCUUGGCGGUUCCGAGCUCAAGCGCGUCAAGGAGCAGCUGUACGCCAACGAUUUCGAGUGGAGCGGCAGAGGCCGCUGCGCCGUCAAGAUGCCGCCGCAGCGCAUCUACGUCGAGGUGUGGCCAGAGGUUGCGCCUCUGGCGGUCGAGAACUUUGUGGCGCUGCUGCUCGGCAACCGAGGCAAGGGCCAAGAGUCGGGGUGCGAGAUGACCUACAAGGGCUGCCACUUCCACCGCUGCAUCAAGGGCUUUGUGGCGCAGGGCGGCGACUUUGUCAAGAACAAUGGGAGUGGUGGCGAGUGCGUCUUUCCCGGCAAGAAGCAGGGCUUCAAGGACGACGCCGCAGGGCUCAAGGUGAAGCUGGGCGAGCGAGGGAUGCUCGCCAUGGGCAACAGCGGCAAAAACACGAACACGUCGCAGUUCUUCUUCACGUUUGGCGACGUCUCGCGCCUGACGGGCAAACACGUCGGCUUUGGGCAGCGGGACGUAGAUGCGCCCUUGCGAGAGUCGCAGAGAUCGCCGUCCCAGAGUGUCACUGCACUUGCGCUGAGCUGAUGUCGGCGCACCUCGCAGGCAGCUGGUCGGCGGCGCAGAGGUGCUGGCGAUCAUGGAGCAGUGUGCGGCGCCGGAGGGGGACGACUCUGGCAGGCCGGCGUACCCGGUGGUGAUCGCCGAUUGUGGCGUGUGCGGCGUGCAUGAGCCAGAGCCGAUGGCGUGGGUGCGCCGGCCGGGCUGAGGCUGAGUUCCGCCCUGUUCAUUUUGGCGCGCCGGCCACAUAUCAUGAUUGAAAAUUAGAUAUUGU